CAUCUGGUGAGGCAGGGAGGGGACAGUGUGUGAUAAAGCUGCUGGGACAUGAUCAACCUGGGCCUGAUUUUCUGAACAGGCCCAUUGGUGAGGGUGGGGGAGAAACAUUCCCCCAUUUCUGAAACAGGAAACACCCCCUGGGGCAGGGCUGGGAAAAGUGACCAGACUCACAGAGACAGAGCCUGAACCCAUUGGCCAGAGGCUACUGUGGUAUUUUGAUAGGUCCACAGAUUCCAGGGACUGUUUUGAUCAUCUAGUGUGACCCACUGUAUAAACCAGGCCUGAGAACUUCCCCAAAAUAAUUCCUAGAGCGGAUGAAUAACAUCUGAUCUUGAUUAAAAACUUGUCUGUGAUGGAGAAUUGGUAAAUUCUUUCAAUAGUGAAUUACUCUCACCAUUAUACAUGUACGCUUUAUUUCCUGUCUGAAUUUGUCUAGCUUCAGCUCCCAGCCCCUGGAUUGUAUUAUAUCUUUCUCCUCUAGACUGAUGAACCCAUUAUUAAAUAUUUGUUCCCUCUGUAGACUGCAAUCAACUCACUCCAUAAUCUUCUCUUUGUUCACCUAAACAGAUAGAAUCCUUGAGUCUAUCACAAUAAGGCAGGUUUUCUACUCCUUUGAUCAUUCUCCUGGCUCUUCUCUGAACCCUCUGCAGUUUGUCAACCUCCUUUUUGAACUGUCAAUACCAGAACUGGACACAGGAUUCCAGCAGUGCCUGCACCAGUGACAAACACAGAGCUAAAAUAACCUCUCUAACUUCUACGCAAGAUUCCUCUGUUUAUACAUCCAAGGAUUGCAUUCGCUCUUUUGGCCACAGCGUCAUACGGGGAGCUCAUGUUCAGCAGAUUAUCCACCAUGGCGCCCAUAGGUCAGUGCUUCCCAGGACGGCAUCCCCCAUCCUGGAAGCAUGGCCUACCGUCUUUAUUCCUAGCUAUGUACAUGUACAUUUAGUCAUAUUCAAAUGCAUAUUUUUUGCUUGCGCCCAGUUUACCAAGUUGAUCCAAAUUGGUCUGAAUCAGAGACCUGGCUUCUUCACUGUUUACCAAUCCCCCAAUUUUUGUGCCCUCUGCAAACCUGUUCAGUUAUUAUUUUGUUUUCUUCCAGGUCAUUUCUUAGAAAUGUUAAAUAAUGUAGGGCAAAGAACCAAUCCCUAUGGCACUCCACUUGAAACACCCCCUUGAUGUUGAUUCCCCUUGUAAAAUGACAUUUUGAGACCUAUCAGUUAGCCAGUUUUUAAUCCAUCCAUUUUGUGCUAUGUUAAUUGUGUAUCAUUUGAGAUUUUGAUUCAAAAUGUCAUGUGGUAUCAAGUCAAACGCCUUACAGAAGUGUAAGUAUAUUAUGUCAACACAAUUACCCUUGUCAACCAAGCUUGUGAUCUCAUAAAAAAUUAUAUCAAGUUAGUUUGAAAGGAUCUGUUUUCCAUAAACCCAUGUUGAAUUGCAUUAAUUACAUUACACUCCUUUAAUUCUUUAUUAAUCAAGUCCUGCAUCAGCUCCUCCAUUAUCUUGCCUGGGCUCAGUGUUAGGCUGACAGGCCUAUAAUUACCCAUGUCAUCCUGUUUACCCUUUUAAAAAUUGGCACAACAUUAGCUUUCUUCCAGUCUUCUCGAACUUCCUCAGCACUUGAAGACUUAUUAAAAAAUCAACAUUAACGGUCUGGCAAGCUCCUCAGCCAGCCCUUGUAAAACUCUUGGAUGCAAGGUAUCUGGAUCUGCUAAUUAAAAAAUGCCUAGCUUUAGUGGCUUCUGUUAAACGUCCCCAUGAGAUACUAGUAGAAUGGAGAGAGUGUAUAUGAUGAGACUGUAUCGUCUGGUUUCCCCCCAAAUACGGAAAGGAAGCCAUUGGGAUUCCUGUCCCCUGCUCAGAGCUCUGCUUCCCGUAUCAGCCUGUGGCUGGCAGGCAUGUGGGAAAUAAGAAGUCUGUGCCUUCCUCCAUCUGCUGGGGGGACAAGGAGCUCUCACCUUCUCCCCACCCCCUGAAGCCUCCUGGCUGCUCUGAGCAAGGUGGGCGUGGAAUUCUGCUACUCUGGUCCUCUGAGAGCUUCUGUUUUUUUGUCUUCCUCCUGUGUGACUAGUGAAAUAGUGGCUGGGGCAGCAGGUGCUGAGUCGGGGGACUCUUGUUGUUUCAGAUGCCGGUGACCUUCGAGGAGGUGGCUGUGUAUUUCACUGAGGGGCAGGGGGCUCUGCUGGACCCCGCUCAGAGAGCCCUUUACAGGAACGUCAUGCAGGAGAAUUACAAGACGGUGACCUCACUGGGAUUUCCCUUUCCCAAACCUGAGCUGAUCACCCGGCUGGAACGAGGGGAAGAGCCGUGGGUCUCGGAUCUCCAGGCCUCUGAGAAAAAGGAGGUCCCGCGAGUCACCCACACAGCAGGUGAUGAGACCGUGAGUGAGAACAAGGAGGUGAAUUGGCAGGUAGAACCAGAGAGGGCCUUUUUGAGAGGAGCUGAAGGGAAUUUUUCCCAGUGCUUGGAACAGGGAGUAGCCUGCAGAAAUCGGGGUGGGUCAGAGAGGCAGCUGGGAAACCAGCCAAGGAAGAAAGUGGAUGCAUCAAUUCAAAGUGGGGGAGGAUGCAUACAUCCCAAGGAAACCACCGCCCAGCAGACAAAUCCCAAGGACGAGAAACCCUACAAAUGCCUUGACUGUGGGAAAAGCUUCAGUGUGAGAACGAACCUUAUUACACAUUGGAAAAACCACACGGGAGAGAAGCCCUAUAAAUGCUUGGACUGUGGGAAAAGUUUCCGUCAGAGCUCACACCUUAUUACACAUCAGAGACUGCACACGGGAGAAAAACCCUAUAAAUGCCUGGAGUGUGGGAAAAGUUUCAAUGUGAGAUCGGCCCUUAUUGCACAUCAGAGAACACACACGGGAGAGAAACCCUAUAAGUGCCUGGACUGUGGGAAAAGUUUCAAUGUGAGAUCAGCUGUUAUUAGACAUCAGAGAAUCCACACGGGAGAGAAACCUUAUAAAUGCUUAGAUUGUGGGAAAAGUUUCAAUGUGAGAUCAGCUGUUAUUAGACAUCAGAGAAUCCACACGGGAGAGAAACCUUAUAAAUGCUUAGAUUGUGGCAAAAGCUUCAGUCAGAGUUCCAGCCUCACUAAACAUCGGAGAACCCACACGGGAGAGCGACCCUAUAACUGCCUCAUGUGUGGGAAAAGUUUUAGCGACAGCUCGUCCCUUAUUAAACAUAGGAGAACCCACACGGGAGAGAGACCCUAUAAAUGCCUGGACUGUGGGAAACGUUUCAAUCUGCGAUCAGCUCUUCUUGCACAUCAAAGAACCCAUACGGGAGAGAAACCCCAUAAAUGCCUGGACUGUGGGAAAAGCUUUAGUCAGAGCUCAAACCUUGUUACACAUCAGAGAACCCACACGGGGGAUAAACCCUACAAAUGCCUCCACUGUGGGAAACGGUUUAACGUCAGUUCAGCUGUUACUACGCAUCAGAGAAUCCACACGGGAGAGAAACCCUAUAAAUGCUUGGACUGUGGGAAAAGCUUCAGUCAUAGCUCAAAUCUCACUAAACAUCAGGGAAUUCAUGAGGGAGAGAGAAGCUAUAAGUGGGACAUGUUUUAAUAGGAAGUCAACCCUUAAUACUCAUCAGGAGAUCCCCAGCAUGGGACAGAGACCCCAGAAAUGUCUCUGUUGAGGGAAAAGUUCCAUUCAGAGAUCAUCCCUUGUUACGCAUCAGACAAUCCACAAAAUAGAGAAACCCCAUAAAUGCUUGGACUGUGGGAAAAGCUUCAGUAACAGCUCAGGCCUUACUUAAUACUCACAUGAGAAAGAAAAACCUUGAAUGUGGGGCAGACUUCCCUUAGUAUCUGGCAGCAGCAAAUCCGCGCAGGGAAGAAACCACUGAGAUGUCCUUAGCAAGGCAAAUGCUCCAAGUGGAGCCAACACCAUGUCAGACAUCAGAGACUCCUCCCCACAUGGGACAAUUUCUUUCAGGGCCCUGACUAGGCCUGGCCAUGGUGACAAACCCAUUUCCUUGUUCCCACACACAUCAGGGGCAUUUGGCUCCCAAGGAUCCAGCUGCCCAUUGCUGGGGUGAGGAUCCAGCAGCAGCUGAGCAGCAGCUGGUCAGUGACCCUCUGGCUCUGCCUGGUCUAAGCAGACCCUAGUCAGAGGAGGAGAAGCCCCCAUCAGCCCCUCCUCCCUGCUGCAGCCCUGACUGCUGAGCUGAUGGGCCACAGGUGGGGGAAGAGAGAGAGAGAAACUCUUCCAGCUGCUCCCUCUGUCUGGCUUUAGUUCCCCCCUUCUCCCUUCCCCUCCCAGUCGGGAUCCCCCUGCCAUGGAGAUGAGGAGAAGGACACUUGGGCCAGGCCUCACCUUCACUCUAGACCCCUGUCUCCAUCUUCCACCAGCCCCUGGGCUGGGCUCCCCCACUUACCUGGAGCUAUUCCCUGCAGGGGGAGUGUCCCUGGAGGCUGGUAACUCCUCCCUCCCCGAAUUCCCCAGGGCGCUGGGCUCUUGGGGGCCAAUCAUUAAGGGACCAGGCGAUGGGUUAUGGGGAAGGGACUAGGCAUGGAGUGGUUGGAGCUGGGAAGCAGGGGGAGCUGGGUGCUGGGGCUAUCGAGAGUUUGAGGAUCAUGGGAUAAGAGGCGAGGGAGAACACAGGGGUAGAGAGGUGCUGCCUCUCCUCACUCACCCCUCUGCCCCUUCUCUGCAUUCAGACAGCACCACUAAAUGGAACUGAUUCCCACAGGGCCUUCUGUGGGAGGCGUGGAGAUACCACCUCUGCCUUGACAGCAUCAGCCUCUGAGCAUCUGUCUGUGGUAGGAAACGUGGUCGGGAUCAGCCAGCUUGUCUCCUCUGACCCUCCCCCAUUCAUCCUACCCUAGAUUGACCCAGAGCAUCUAAUUCCUUCUGAUCCUCACCAUUAGCAGAGUGACUGUUAGAGUCACUGAGUUCCCCCUUUGGGGGUAGAUUCUCUCGCUCCCAGCUAGUCUCACCUUGAUCCAGGCUGUGCUGGCAAGCAUUUCUUUUUGUACAUUUUCUCUCUUACAGACGAGAAUUAAAUGGAGUCUAGAAGAGUUGGAGCAAGGACAGUAAAAGGUGGUGUUUUAGGUGCUGUGCUAUUUGAGAGCGAUGGGGUGAGUCUGAGGGAUUCCCUCCUUCCCCCGUCACUGUCAUGCUCCAUCCUUGACGCAGCAGCCUCUGUCCAAGCUUUGGAGAAUUUUAUCCUGUCCCCAUUCUACUCCUCCACCUCCCAAAGUGUCACUUACUACAGUGCCCCUGGCUCUCCGUGCACAGGAAUCACACUUGGAUCCUAAACCAGACUCCGGGACAUGAAAGUGUCACUGACCUGGGCCAGGGUGGGGGGAGGAUUCAGAUGAACCCCAAGGCACAAGCUGAGGUUUCUGAGCUUAAAUCCCUGUUUCCAUCUAUCGGUAAAGUGGCUUCUGGGCUUUUCACAGCCAAGUACAGAUCAUUUGUCAAGGGGAAGGUUUUUGUUUUUGCUUUUUUUCCUGUUUCGUUAGGGAGGAUGGUAAAAUGUUGUAACUAACACAACUGAAUAGUGAGGAGGUGCUGCAUGAAGCAGGGUUAGCCAGCUCAGAAGAAAAUGAGUAAAUAUGUUCUCCUGAUUGUGAAUCAAAAUUCUCUGGAAUUUCGCUUUCUGAAUGUGAAAGUGUUUCAUAGCCCCCCUGUAUCGUGGGGUUUUCUUUCCUGAAGGUGUUGGGUCACGUACAUUUGAUAUUAGUUUGGUUUGACAGGAUGUAGCUCAGGGGUAUUGGGGACGUGAUGAGGCAAAUGACCAUUUGCCAGAAUAGUCCUUUCCUAUUUUAGUUUCACCUCUACCCUGUUGUGAGAUUUUCAUGUGGUUUGAACAAUGCCAAUUGUCAAUAUGUAUCGGCACAAAGAGAGGGUGAGCGCUAGAUUUACACUCCCAGAGGCAGAGACUGAAAUGGAGAAGGAAGUUACUGCCCGAUCCCUGCAAAGAUGCGAGAUACAGUCAGGAGGGGGAUGGAGUGGGAGGUGAGGGGUACAGAGCUGGAAGACUGCACAUUUCUCUCUUGAGAGCCAGACCGCCAAUACUGAGAACUGUGAACUUGCUGCAGCUGUGCUAGAGAGAGACAUGAAAUGUCCUAUGAGUGCCAUGGGAAGACGCCCCUGAAAUCUAAAGGGCUAGGAAUGAUGCCCCAAGAAGAGAGAAGCGGGGAGAGGCAGCGUCUCAUCGUUGCUGAAAGGACGAGGCUGGGCAUAUGUAAGAAGGAAGCCGGGGAAGUCACGAGGCCUGAGCUCCCCAGAAGCCAGGCUGACCCCCAUCAAUGAGGCCAGAGGGAGAGGCGGACCUUGAAAUUUUAGCUCCUCCCUUCCCCAUCCGCCGCAGAGUCCUGGGUGCAGAUGAGAGAACCCCUCUGUGCCCCGCUCGCCCCACACUGCAUCCCUCAAACCUGAGCUCGUGGGGUUUCCUGCUCUCGGAGCAUUUGCUUUUGUGACUGGAUCCUGGCAUCUUUCGCAGAUUGUCUGCGCUUUCCUACCAGCUUUAACUUGUUUCUCUUUCCCUGGUGCCCGUGGGAGCUGGGAGCAGCAUGGUGCUGGCCUGGGGCAGAAGUGGACCGGGCUCCGGGCCCUGGCUGGGGAGGUGGGUUUAGCUUGUAUUUCUCAGUCGGAAAUGAUAAAGCAGAACAUAGUUUCUCAACCUC